GUGUAGCAAAGCUAAAGACCAGGAGAGAUUUAAACAUGUCUACGAUAAAAAGUCCAUAAAUCAGAACAGAGUUGUUUCAAUCUUUAUUAAAUCCUUUUUAAACGGCUGUAAAUCCAGAGUGUGUCAGAAGCUCUUCAGGAUGACGGAGGACAAGAACCAUGAACCCGAAGGUCCAGAGGAACCCGAGCCCACGGUACCGGCAGAGGAGCCUGAGGUAAACCCUGAGGAGAAGCAGCUAACUGGGGCAGAUAAUCCUGAGGUAAACCCUGAGGAGAAGCAGCUAACUGGGGCAGAUAAUCCUGAGGUAAACCCUGAGGAGAAGCAGCUAACUGGGGCAGAUAAUCCUGAGGUAAACCCUGAGGAGAAGCAGCUAACUGGGGCAGAUAAUCCUGAGGUAAACCCUGAGGAGAAGCAGCUAACUGGGGCAGAUAAUCCUGAGGUAAACCCCGAGGUGAAGCAGUUAGAAGAUGAGAAGUGGAUGGCGGUGAAGGGGAAACAGGCGGACACUGAGUACCCAGAGGGCGGCUGGGGCUGGGUGGUCAUGCUCGCCUCUAUGUGGUGUAACGGCUCGGUGUUCGGGAUCCAAAACGCCUUCGGGAUCUUAUUCGUGUCCCUACUGAAGGAGUUCGGCUCCGAGAACGACCAAGACCUGCGUUUCAGGACAGCAUGGGUGGGCUCUCUGUCUAUGGGGAUGAUAUUUUUCUGCUCUCCGAUCGUCAGCGUGUUUACAGAUGUCUUCGGCUGCAGGAUCACGGCAGUGGGCGGAGCUGCGGUUGGUCUCAUCGGCCUCUUCGCUAGUUCAUUUGUCAAUUCUCUGGACGCUCUGUACUUUACGUAUGGUGUGGUGUUUGCGUGCGGAUGUUCGUUUGCGUAUCAGCCGAGCCUCGUCAUCCUCGGACAUUACUUUAAGAAGCGUUUGGGUUUAGUGAACGGUGUGGUGACGGCGGGGAGCAGCAUCUUCACCAUCUCUCUGCCUCCAUUGCUCUCGAUCAUGCUGAAAAAUCUCAGCCUGCACAACACCCUACGUGUCCUCUGCAUCCUGAUGUUUAUACUCAUGCUGGCAGGACUUACCUACAAGCCCCGCCUCCCUCAGCGGGCGGAGUCAAAAACAGCCUCGUUAAAGAGAAUCUGUAACGUCCAGAUCUGGAGGAGUCUGAGUUACAGGAUCUGGGCCUUUGGAAUUCCGGCUGCUCUCUACGGAUACUUCGUCCCCUAUGUCCACCUGAUGAAGCAUGUAGAGGAGCGUUUUGGCAAAGAUGCAAAUAAGGAGGUGUUACUGAUGUGCCUUGGCAUCACAUCUUGUGUGGGACGUCUCAUCUUUGGCCGUGUGGCUGAUUACGUCCCAGGAGUGUACAAAGUCUACUUGCAGGUUGCGUCAUUCCUGGUGAUUGGCCUGAUGUCGAUGUUGAUCCCGGUGUGUGAUGUGUUUGGUGGUCUGAUCACUGUGUGUUUACUGAUGGGGCUGUUUGACGGAUGUUUUAUCUGCAUCAUGGCUCCCAUCGCCUUUGAGCUUGUCGGCGCUGAGAACGUCUCUCAGGCCAUCGGCUUCCUGCUGGGCAUGAUGUCUGUGCCUAUGACUGUGGGUCCUCCUAUUGCAGGGUUCCUCCGUGAUCGCCUGGGGAGUUAUGAUGUGGCAUUCUACCUGGCGGGGAUCCCUCCUCUGAUUGGUGGAGCCGUGCUGUGCCUGAUCCCAUGGGUGGAGAGGAGGAAAGGGAGGAAGAAUAAAACUGAUGACAAGAAGAACGACAAGCAUGAGUCUGUCAUAUGAAUCACACACACACACACACAGACACACACACACCAUUUCUGAAGGACACACUGAAUAUAGACAUCAGGUGUGUUAAUUGUUCACAGCCGUGUUCUAUUUCUAUCGAGCACCAAAUGUCCCCAUAAGGUUUGUAUCUGACAGUUUGACUUAUUUGUAUUUUUUUGCAGUGCAGCUUUCAUUUAAACUCAAAGGUUUAUUUUCAAGGUUAUGUUUGGAUUUAAGGCAUUAAUUAGCUGCAUCAUUAAUAAUUAGUUCCUAACAAAGAUAGUGAGACAAGUGUGUUUUUUAUUCUUAACUUUACUCUAUCUAUCUAUGAUGGAUAUAUAUACGUAUAUGUAUAAAUAUAUUAAUGUGUUUGUAUGUAUAUAUACACAGAGAGAGAGAUGAGUAUUAUAUAAUUCAUUGUAUAAUUCAUUUCUAAACAAACAAAUUGGCUUAAAUAACUACCUUCUUUUUAAACGUCUAUGCAAGAGUUUUCCUCUGAGCUUUAUGUGCAUUAUGAAUUAAGAAUAUUACGUCAGAUUAGAUUUUUAUUACAUUUUUAUUGGUUUGUGUCACUUUACUAUGAAAACCAAAGAAAACUUUAGAGUUCGAUUCACACUAUGAUCUUAGACUCUGAUUAAUAAUAAUAACAAUGCAUUUUAUUUCAUGGCGCCUUUCAGAACACCCAAAGUCACCUUACAAGCAAUAUACAGGUCAUUACAUAAGACAAAACACUUAAACAAACAGCAUAUAUAUAUAUAUAAAGUGCAUUUAAGUCUCAAUAAAACAUGUUAUAAGAAAGCCUGUAUAAAAAGAUAAGUCUUAAGACGCGUUUUAAAAGUCAGCAAGCACUCGCUAGUCAGCAAGCGAUUACUGAUUAAAGCUUUAGUUACUUAGUUAUUUUUUAUUUCUCCUGAGGACUGAGUCCAUGUGUUAAAGUUCUCUAUGUAGACUAUAAAAUGUGAAAAAACUUCAGGGAAGUAAUUAAAUGUUAAUUAUUAACUGUUAAUGCUGAAAGGGCUGAUCUGGGGGAUAAUUAGCACAGUUAUUGUGUGUGAGUGUGUGUGUGUGUGUGUGUGAGAGUGUUAGUGUGUGUGUGUGUGUGAGGUCUGUGUGUGUGAGUGAGCGUGCGCGUGUGUGUGUGCAUGCUUGUGUGUGUGCGUGCGUGCGUGUAAGUGUUUGUGUGUGUGUGCGUGCGUGUGUGUGUGUCUGCGUGCGUGUGUGUGUGCGUGCUUGUGUGCGUGCGUGUGUGUGUGUGUAAGUGUGUGUGUGUGUGUCUGUGUGCGUGCGUGCGUGCGUGUGUGUGUCUGUGUGCGUGCGUGUGUGUGCAUGCGUGUGUGUGUGUGUGUGUGUGUGUGUGUGUGAUUCUGGACACUAUUUAGGAGAGGAUACAAACUUCUAAACGUUUAUAUUUAACACACACAGUUUAUAAAAUCCUUAUCAUUAUGUAAUUAUGUACAAAACUCUCAGGAUCCCCACAAAUGGAUGAAAUCUGUUUUGUCUGACUGUAUAAAUCUUCAUCACGUGAUUAAUGAGUUGAUCUGUAGGUUUAUGAAUAUAAUCUACCUCAGUUUUACACCAGAGGUUGACAGACACAAGAGACAUUUCAUUUAAGAUCAUUUUAUUAUUUUAAAAAGUUCUGUUGAAUCACACAACAUUAUUAUAUUGUGUUAUUAUAUCAUUGUUAGUGCCUUGAACUCACACGAGUCUUUAAUCAACCCCAAUUAUUUUUACACAAAGUUUUAUAUAUGAAUAAAAACAGCAUAAUCAUAUAUACCAAAUAUUCUAUACAUUUUGUUCUUUUUGCUCAUCUGUGUUUAUAAUCAUUUCAUUUUUUUAUGUUUUUUGGGUGUGUUUUUUGUCUUAAAUAGACUUUUCGUUCAGGUUGUUUACUUUGUGUUGGAAAUCAAUUGAAUGAAUCGACAUUAUUGAUUUAAUCUCAACAAAUGUUUCAAAGUUCAGACCUGUAAAGUUCAGUUAUCAUCAGCUCAGAGUCUUGUGUUGGGGAAAUGCUACUGUACUCCAGAGUGACAGUUCAGACUGCUGGAUUUGUGGCUCCUCGUGUCCUUACACACCUCCCUCUAGUCACAACAUGCUGCCCUCCUCCCCAAGUGGCCUGUGAGAUGAUGUUCAAAUGAUUAAUAGCACAAGCAGAGUUCAGUAUUUAUAGAUUUACAAAUGUAUCAUUGUUUUUUUCUAGUUUAUAUGCAAUGUGUGUGUGUGUGUGUGUGUGUGUGUGUGUGUGUGUGUUUACACAGCACUACUACGACUAGUAUUUAGUAUUUUGUUUGACAAUCAGACAAUCAGCAUAAAGGAAAUCAAUACUAUAGCUGUGAAAGAUAAUGAACGGCAUGAACAAAUUAUAUGCAGCUGAACCAAACGCUUUUAUUUACUGCACCGGAAAAAAGGAAUUCGAUCUGAAAUCCAAAAACAGUGACGUGGGCUCCGUCCGAACACCGAAGUUCCUGACUGGUUGGUGUUCAUAUUACAAACUCAGAACUUUUAAAUGUCUUUAUUGAUUGUUGGAAUUUUAACAUUGUUUUUGUUCUAAAUCUCAUAACUUUCACUAAGAAAAGCAAAAGAAAUCUCCCAGGGAAUCUGAUCUGAUAGAUCAGAUAGAUGGAGUUAGAUCAGAUCUGCAGAUAGACCGUAGGUUCAGUCUGUAACUGACUGACAGAUCAUGAACUUUAACCUUACAUCAGACUCACUGUCUGAUCUUACAUUCGGCCUUUUUGUGAGCGAUAAAAUCAGGAGCUGUCAUUAACCUCCCUGUCCACUGCUCCACCCUCCAGCACAGGGCAGCAUGGGGCAGUGUAGGUCCUGCCCUAAUGGACCUCGAUUACAGCUUGUUGCAGUUCCCAUUAUUGACCACUAGGUGCAGUAAUAACUGAUAUUAAAGCGAGUUAAUCUUCAGCUUCUUUGUCUGUCAAUCAGUGUUAUAUUAAACAACAGGUGAUUAGUGUUUAGAGCAGAGCUCAGCAUCAGUCUGUGUGUGUGUGUGUUACCCAUAAUGCACUGUGACUGGGCCAGUUGUUUACAGAUGUUAUUAUCAGUUCGUUUCAGAGCUCCACGCUGCUUAACUUCAUCACCAUCAUCUUAGGAGAUGAAACAUGUUCUUCACUGACUGACUUCUUUCCACACUUCAUUGACCCUGAUCUCUUCUCUGUGGGUCACAGGAUACAAAAUGCAUGUUUUUUUGUAAUAUUGUAGAAAACAAUAAAGAAAAAUCUGAUUAUAAUCAA